CAGGACCGCGCAGGCCGGACUCCGGUCCCCACCAACUUUUUAGAGCGAACGCUUCCUGCUGUCACCAGCCUGAGAGGCCAGUCGCUUGGCUUUGAGCAGAGAGGGCUGUGGUCAAAGUCAGCCUUAGGUCUCCUCUUAGGACCAGUAACUUGGGCUUCAGAGACAGGGGGAGAGGGACACGCUCUUGGGCCUUCGGCGCGGAGCCUCUGCUGCCUGGAUCGAGGUGAAAAAAGAGUAUUUCAGGCACUAUAAAAUUCCUGUGUCAAGGGCUCCCUUUCAACCUCGUCACUUGAAGAAGCUCUGCUUGACCUUCCUCCAACCCCAUGGCCAAGAGAGUUGCAGUGAUUGGAGCUGGUGUGAGUGGCCUGUCCUCCAUCAAGUGCUGCUUGGAUGAGAACCUGGAGCCCACCUGCUUUGAGAGAAGUGAUGACUUCGGGGGACUUUGGAAGUUCACUGAGGAUUCCAAGGAUGGGAUGACCAGGGUCUAUCGGACGUUAGUGACAAAUGUCUGCAAGGAAAUGUCAUGUUAUAGUGACUUCCCUUUCCAAGAAGAUUAUCCCAAUUUCAUGAGACAUGAGAAAUUUUGGGACUAUCUACAAGAAUUUGUUGAGCGCUUUGACCUCCUGAAAUACAUUCGGUUUAAGACCACUGUGUGCAGCGUGACAAAACGUCCAGACUUCUGCGAAACGGGUCAAUGGGAUGUCGUCACAGAGACGGAGGGCAAGCAGGACAGAGCAGUCUUUGAUGCUGUCAUGGUGUGCACAGGACACUUCCUGAGUCCCCAUUUGCCUUUGGAGUCCUUUCCUGGAAUCCAUAAUUUUAAAGGCCGGAUCCUGCACAGUCAAGAGUACAAGAGCCCAGAAGGCUUUCAGGGGAAACGCGUCUUGGUGAUUGGUCUUGGGAACACUGGAGGAGACAUUGCGGUGGAGCUCAGCCGAACGGCAGCUCAGGUACUUCUCAGUACUAGAACUGGCACCUGGGUUAUUAGCCGCUCUUCAGACAGAGGCUACCCUUUUAACAUGAUGAUCACGAGAAGAUGCUAUACGUUUAUUAACCAACUGCUGCCUCCAUGUUUCGUAAACUGGCUUCAAGAGAGGCAGAUGAGUAAAAGACUAAACCAUGAGAUUUAUGGAUUGAGUUUUACAAAGGGGAAGAAAAAAAAAAUUAUUGUGAAUGACGAGCUGCCAACCUGCAUCCUCUGUGGGCUGGUCACUAUGAAAACCGGUGUGAAGGGAUUCACAGAGACCUCUGCCAUCUUUGAAGACGGGACAGUGGAAGCCAACAUUGAUAUUGUGAUCUUCACUACAGGAUAUAUAUUUUCUUUUCCCUUUCUUGAAGAACCUCUCCAAAGCCUUUGUAGAAAGAAGAUAUUCCUACAUAAGUGGGUCUUUCCCUCAAGCCUGGAGAGAGCAACAUUAGCCAUCAUUGGCCUUAUCAGCCUUAAGGGGUCCAUCUUAUCAGGCACAGAGCUCCAAGCACGGUGGGCCACACGAGUGUUCAAAGGACUCUGUCAGAUCCCUCCACCCCAGAAGCUGAUGGCCGAGGUCACUGAAAAGGAGGAGCUCAUUCAAAGGGGUGUGAUCGCGGACGCCGGUCAGGACAAGCUCGACUACAUCCUCUACCUGGAUGAGCUUGCCGCGUGCAUCGGCGCCAAGCCCAGCCUCCCACUGCUGCUCCUCAGGGACCCCAGACUAGCCUGGGAAGUCUUCUUUGGACCCUGUACCCCUUACCAAUACCGCCUGGUGGGCCCCGGAAGAUGGGAAGGAGCCAGAAAUGCCAUCCUGACCCAGUGGGACAGGACCCUGAAGCCUCUCAAAACCCGAGUCCCUCCCGACACCCCCAAGCCUGCCUCCACGUCACACUGCUUGAGAGCUUGGGGUGGCCCUGUGCUGCUGGCCUCUCUCCUACUAAUCUACAAGUCUUCACUUUCCAAGUGGAUGCAGGACAGACUCUCCCCUCGGCUAGGGCUGAGCUUUGGGUGUGCCCCCUGGAGUUCAUGGGCUGGCAGACUGGCCUCCAGCGUGGCAGCACUGAGAGGUGGGGACUAGGGGAGGGACUGGGGUCAUUCAGACUCUACCUACCCUCAUAAACGGAUCAAUGCCACUCACAGAACUGGAUUAGUUUCCAUGAGGUUGUUAUAGAGUGAGGCUGUCCCUUGUUUUCUCUCCUCCUAAGGCACCUGCUUGGGAAGCAAACCUCCCACCUUUCAACAUGUUAUGAAAACACAGUUCUCACCAGAAGUUCCCCUAGGCCCUUGGACAUCCCAGCCUCCAGAACUGUGAGCCAAAGAAACUUGUUUUCUUUAUAAAUUACUAAUCUCAGGUCUUUUGUUACAGCCAUGGAAAAAUGGACUAAUACACCUAGUGUUUGGUGAGGACGAAGCUGAUUGGUUUCAAGGGUCAAACCAUGCCAUGAUGAUCCUAUCUUCAAGUGUCCUGUGUAUCCCUUCUAUCCUUCCACUGUAACGUCUACAAUCCAAGUUCAGGUCUAGUCCUCUCUUAGCAGAUUUAUUAUAUUGUGUAUCACUC